CUUAAACAGUUAAAAGUGUUAAACCUCAAUUCCUCCCAAUUAGGUUGCAAACCCCAUUUCCCCCAAUCCCCAACCAAUCCCCAAACUUGCGCCGCCACCCACCCCACAUCACCACCACGCAGCCGCCGCUAUCACCUUCGUCUUCACAGACGCCGCCACAUACACAAACUCAACGAUGUCACAGUCACUAGAGCUGUUACUGAUACAAUUCUUGAUGCCCGACAACGAUGCUCGUCUGCAAGCUGAAGAUCAGAUAAAGCGUUUAGCAAAAGACCCGGAAGUAGUUCCCGCGUUAGUUCAUCAUCUUCGUACUGCUAAAACUCCCGGUGUUCGUCAACUUGCUGCUGUUUUGCUACGUAAGAAGAUUACUGGUCAUUGGGCUAAGCUUAAUCCUCAGCUUCGUCAAACUGUUAAGCAAUCUCUCAUUGAUAGUAUUACUAUGGAGAUCAGUCCACCAGUGCGACGAGCAAGUGCAAAUGUCGUCAGUGUUGUUGCAAAGUAUGCUGUUCCUGCUGGAGAGUGGCCUGACUUGUUACCAUUUCUUUUUCAAUGCAGUCAAAGUGCACAAGAGGAUCACAGAGAGGUUUCAUUGAUUCUUUUCAGCUCAUUGACUGAAACAAUAGGGGAUACAUUUCGACCACAUUUUGCGGACCUUCAAAGUCUUUUGCUACGAUGUUUGCAGGAUGAGACAAGCAGCCGAGUUAGAGUUGCAGCACUCAAGGCUGUGGGGUCUUUUCUAGAGUUUACACAUGAUACAUCUGAGGUGGUCAGGUUCAGGGAUUUUAUACCUGGAAUAUUGCAUGCAGCUAGACAGUGUCUUGCUUCCGGUGAAGAAGAUGUGGCUGUGAUUGCCUUCGAAAUAUUUGAUGAGCUGAUUGAGUCACCUGCACCGCUUCUUGGAGAUUCUGUUAAAUCCAUAGUGCAGUUCUCUCUUGAGGUCUGCUCUAAUCAGACUUUGGACGAUAGCACCCGUCAUCAGGCUAUUCAAAUAAUCUCCUGGCUGGCAAAAUACAAGUAUAAUUCUCUUAAGAAACACAAGUUGGUUUUGCCAGUCUUGCAUGUCAUCUGCCCUUUGCUUGCAGAGUCAAGUAACAGGAAUGAUGAUGAGGACCUUGCCCCAGAUCGAGCUGCUGCAGAAGUUAUUGACACAAUGGCUUUGAACCUCCCUAAACAAGUUUUCGCACCAGUAUUAGAGUUUGCAUCCAUAAGCUGUCAAAAUGUUGACCCAAAGUUUAGGGAAGCUGCUGUCACAGCCUUGGGAGUUGUAUCCGAGGGCUGCUUGGAUUUGAUGAAAAAUAAUCUGAAGCCUGUGCUUCAUAUAGUUUUGGGGUCUUUAAGGGACCCAGAGCAGAUGGUGAGAGGUGCUGCUUCAUUUGCAUUAGGUCAGUUUGCUGAGCACCUGCAGCCUGAGAUCAUGUUACACUAUGAGAGUGUGCUUCCUUGUAUAUUAAAUGCUCUGGAGGAUUCAUCUAAUGAAGUAAAGGAAAAGUCAUACUAUGCUUUGGCUGCCUUUUGUGAGAAUAUGGGUGAGGAAAUCCUUCCGUUUAUUGAUCCUUUGAUGGGAAAGCUGCUGGCUGCUCUUGAAAUCAGCCCCCGAAAUCUACAAGAGACUUGCAUGUCUGCAAUUGGUUCUGUUGCAUCUGCAGCAGAGCAAUCUUUCUUACCAUAUGCUGAAAGGGUUCUUGAGCUGAUGAAGAGCUUUUUGGUUUUGACAAAUGACGAAGACCUCCGUUCACGAGCGAGGGCGACCGAGUUAGUAGGAAUAGUAGCAAUGUCUGUUGGGAGAGCAAGGAUGGAGCCUAUAUUGCCUUCUUAUAUUGAAGCAGCAAUUGCUGGUUUUAGGUUGGAAUUUAGUGAGCUGCGCGAAUAUACCCAUGGAUUCUUUAGCAACGUGGCUGAAAUUCUGGAAGAUGGAUUUGUGAUGUACCUUCCGCAUGUUGUGCCAUUGGCAUUUUCCUCUUGCAAUCUUGACGAUGGUUCAGCAAUUGAUAUUGAUGAAUCUGAUGGCGAUGAAAAUGUUAAUGGAUUCGGUGGAGUCUCAUCAGAUGAUGAAGUUCAUGAUGAGCCAAGAGUUAGGAAUAUCAGCAUAAGAACGGGAGUGUUAGAUGAAAAGGCAGCCGCAACUCAGGCCCUAGGAUUAUUCGCUCUUCAUACACGAGGCUUUUAUGCACCAUACUUGGAGGAGACAAUAAAAAUCUUGGUACGCCAUUCUGGGUAUUUUCACGAGGAUGUAAGGCUUCAGGCCAUUAUUUCUUUGAAAAAUGUUCUUAUAGCCGCUCAUGCAGUCUUUCAAGGUCAUGCGGACGGUUCAACAAAGGCAAAAGAAGUACUUGACACUGUCCUGAACAUAUUUAUUAAGAUUAUGACGGAGGAUGAUGACAAGGAAGUUGCAGCUCAAGCUUGUAUCGGCAUAGCAGAUACCAUCAAAGAUAUUGGAUAUACGGCUAUUGAGGCUUAUAUGCCGAGGUUAGUUGACGCAACACUAGUGCUGCUUAAUGAGCAGUCAAUCUGUCAGCAGAUAGAGUCAGACAGUGACAUUGAUGAAGAUGACACUGAGCAUGAUGAGGUCUUAAUGGAUGCAGUUUCUGAUCUGCUCCCUGCAUUUUCCAAGUCUAUGGGCCCUCAUUUUGCACCCAUAUUAGACAAAUUAUUCAGUCCCCUGAUGAAAUUUGCGAAAGCCUCACGUCCACUACAAGAUCGGACCAUGGUAGUUGCAACCCUUGCAGAAGUGGCACAGAACAUGGGUCCGUCUAUCGCAGGCUAUGUUGAUGCGGUGAUGCCAUUGGCUUUGAAAGAAUUAGCAUCUUCUGAUGCAACAAAUCGGAGGAAUGCUGCCUUUUGUGUCGGCGAGUUCUGCAGAAAUGGCGGUCAAGUGGCUUUAAAAUAUUACGGUGACAUCUUGAAGGGACUCCAUCCACUUUUUGGUGAAUCUGAACCAGAUAAUGCCGUAAGGGAUAAUGCAGCAGGUGCUGUGGCAAGGAUGAUUAUGGUACACCCUGAGGCUAUUCCAUUAAAUCAGGUGCUACCUGUUUUCCUGAAAGCUCUUCCUUUGAAAGAAGAUCACGAAGAGUCUACUGCUGUUUAUAGCUGUGUUUGUAAUCUCGUUUUGGCAUCGCACCCUCAGAUCAUGCCAUUGGUUCCAGACUUGGUGAAUGUUUUUGCUCAAGUGGCAUUGUCACCUAUUGAGACAGGCGAAGUUAAAACCCUAAUCGGAAGGUCUUUUUCACAUCUCAUCUCAAUGUAUGGAAAUCAAAUGCAACCGAUAUUGAAUUCUCUCUCUCCUGCACAUGCUAAUGCUCUUGCUUCGCUGGCUCCAAUGAGUUGAUUCCUACCGCGUCAUUGAGCUGCUUUCUUUUAUAGAUUCUGAAAAUACCUAUAAUUUCUGAAGAAUGAUACGUUCUAGUCUGUCUGAGCAUGACAAUAGGCAAGACCUGGAUAUCUUUCAGUCUUUCACUCACCCCCUAUCAGGCUUAGAUCAUCUUCAGUCCAUGCCUGCUUCUUUUCUUGAUGAGUAAAGUGCUGCCUUUGCGCUUUGACUUCAAUAUUUUGUUCACAGGUUUUGGGUUCUUUGGAAGUAAAAUUUUGUAUUCUUUUGAUUCUUUAUUUAUUUUGAUUUUGAUUUUGAUUUUGAUUUUGGCUUUGAUAUGUAUAUUGGGGUCCUACCCGGAUCCGCUUGUAUUGGACAAUCAAAUAUGUAUUGCAACAUUCUCCUUAUGAGGAUGUUCAAUUAUUUUUGCUCGAUGAUUAUUACAUGUGUGAAAUAUGUAAGCUUUUGCA